CACCCUGAACAGCUUUAAACAGUCAACAUAAUGAAAGUCUGCUCUUAGUACUCCUCCUUUGUAACAACACAGCUCUCUCUGAACUCAUAAAAACCACAAGAAAAUAGAACUAAGUGCUUCAUAUUACAGAACACGGUUGACACAGCCUAUGUGUUACAUUUAGAAGAAUUUUGCAUCCAACGUUAAACCAGAAAAGAUAAGACACAGUGAGAACGCAUGGUGGCGCUGCAGGUUAAGGUGGUGAGAAACAGAACUGCAGACGUAGCUCCAGGAUCCAGCCAGUUUCACACUGCCUGGAAGCUGAAGAACAGCUUUCUCAGUCAGAGCACAAUGUGCGUGAAACCUCUUUAAAACUGUAUUUAGAGACAUAGUUCUGACCUGCUAUACUGCAGGACCGGACUACCAGGAUCCUGGGCAUAUAUGAAGCUCCUGUGAACUCAGUUUUCAGGAAAGAGCAAUGGAGAUUGGAUGGAUGCACAAUCUGAGACAAAGGCAAGUCCUAGUUUUCUUUGUUUUGCUGAGCAUGUAUGGGGCGAGUGCCGAUUUGGGGCCCUAUUCAGUAGUGGAAGAAACAGAGAGAGGCUCCUUUGUGGCAAAUGUAGGAAAAGACCUGGGGCUGGGGUUGACAGAGAUGUCCACCCGCGGUGCCCGGAUCAUUUCCCAGUGGAACAAAGAGCAUUUGCAGCUCAAGGUUCAGACUGGGGAUUUGCUCAUAAAUGACAAACUAGAUCGAGAGAAGCUAUGCGGUCCGAGUGAGCCUUGCAUACUACAUUUCCAAGUAUUAAUGGAAAAACCGUUAGAGAUAUUUCAGGCAGAACUGAGAGUGAAAGACAUAAAUGACCAUUCCCCCGUGUUCACUGAAAGAGAAAUGAUUCUAAAAAUACCGGAAAACAGUCCUAUAGGAACUGCAUUCCCUCUGAGUAAUGCUCUGGACUUGGAUGUAGGCAGCAACAAUGUUCAGAACUAUAAAAUCAGCCCCAACUCCCAUUUUCGGGUUCUAACCCAAAAUCACAGCGACGGCAGAAAAUACCCUGAGCUGGUGUUGGACAAAGAGCUGGAUCGGGAGGAGGAGCCUGAAAUCUCAUUAACCCUGACAGCGCUGGAUGGUGGCUCUCCGCCUCGGUAUGGAACCGCCCAGGUGCGCAUUGAAGUGGUGGACAGUAACGAUAACGCCCCUGAGUUUGAGCAGUCGCUCUACAAGGUGCAUAUUCCCGAAGACAGCCCCGUAGGCUCCCUGGUUGUCACUGUCUCUGCCAGCGAUGUAGACAGUGGAGUCUAUGGAAAAAUAUCAUACACAUUCUUUCAGCCUUCAGAAGAUAUUAGUAAAACUUUGGAGGUAAAUCCUAUGACAGGCGAAAUUCGACUGAGAGAAAAAGUAGAUUUUGAAACAGUUCUGUCUUAUGAAGUGGACAUCAAGGCCACUGAUGGGGGAGGUCUUUCAGGAAAAUGCACUCUUCUCCUGCAAGUAGUGGAUGUGAAUGACAAUCCUCCAGAAGUGACAGUGUCUGCACUCACCACUCCCAUCCCAGAGAACUCCCCUGACAUUGUAGUUGCUGUUUUCAGUGUUUCAGAUCCUGACUCUGGGGACAAUGGGAAAACUAUUUCCUCCAUCCAGGAUGACCUUCCUUUUCUUCUAAAACCUUCAGUCAAGAACUUUUACACCUUAGUAACCCAGAAAACACUAGAUAGAGAAGAAAGAGCCGAGUACAACAUCACCAUCACCGUCACUGACAUGGGAACCCCCAGGCUGAAAACCGAGCACAACAUAACCGUGCUGGUGGCCGACGUCAACGACAACGCCCCCGCCUUCACCCAGACCUCCUACACCCUGUCCGUCCGCGAGAACAACAGCCCCGCCCUGCGCAUCGGCAGCGUCCGCGCCACAGACAGAGACGCGGGCGCCAACGCCCAGGUCACCUACUCGCUGCUGCCGCCCCUCGACCCGCACGUGCCCCUGGCCUCCCUGGUGUCCAUCAACCCGGACAACGGCCACCUGUUCGCCCUGAGGUCCCUGGACUACGAGGCCCUGCGGGCGUUCGAGUUCCGCGUGGGCGCCGCCGACCGCGGCUCGCCCGCGCUCAGCAGCCAGGCGCUGGUGCGCGUGCUCGUGGCGGACGACAACGACAACGCGCCCUUCGUGCUGUACCCGCUGCAGAACGCCUCGGCGCCCUGCACCGAGCUGGUGCCCAGGGCGGCCGAGGCGGGCUACCUGGUGACCAAGGUGGUGGCGGUGGACGGCGACUCGGGCCAGAACGCCUGGCUGUCGUACCAGCUGCUCAAGGCCACGGAGCCCGGGCUCUUCCGCGUGUGGGCGCACAACGGCGAGGUGCGCACGGCCCGGCUGCUGAGCGAGCGCGACGCGGCCAAGCACAGGCUGGUGGUGCUGGUCAAGGACAACGGCGAGCCGCCGCUCUCGGCCAGCGUCACGCUGCACCUGCUGCUGGUGGACGGCUUCUCGCAGCCCUACCUGCCGGCCCCGGAAGCGGAAGCGGCGGACGCGGCCCCAGCCGCCCCGCUCACCGUCUACCUGGUGGUCGCCUUGGCGUCGGUGUCGUCGCUCUUCCUCUUCUCGGUGCUGGUGUUCGUCGCGGUGCGGCUGUGCAGGAGGGGCGGGGCGGCCUCGGUGGGUCGCUGCUCGGUGCCCGAGGGCCCCUUUCCGGGCCACCUGGUGGACGUCAGCGGCACGGGGACCCUGUCCCAGAGCUACCAGUACGAGGUGUGUCUGACGGGAGGCUCUGGGAGUAAUGAGUUCAAAUUCUUGAAGCCGAUUCUCCCCAACCUCCCGCCCCAAUGCCCUGGGAAAGAAAUAGAGGAAAAUCGUACCUUCUACAAUAGCUUUGGGUUCAAUAUUCAGUGACCAUAAUUAACUUUUAUAUCUCAGAGAUAUGUUGUUUUGUGGCACUUCCAUACCAACAUUAUUUCCCCCAAAAUGUGUGUGUUUGAAGUCGUACUGAUGUUACUUUUAUAUUUUCGCAUGUUCUACCCACCUUUAAGUGAAUGUUUAUCUUUACCUGUGGUUGUAGUUAGAUAGCAAUUUAUUCUCUAACCAAUGAGGUCUUAAUUUGUAAUUAAUUUGCCUCCUUAAAUAAUAACACCAAAUCAGUUUUUGCUCAUGGCCCUCUCUCCAGUUGAACUUUCAUUCACAAUUAUGCUUAUGAUAAAAUAAA